AUGGAUGGAGUGAACAGCAACUUCAGCUAUUUUGAUGAUUAUUAUGACUAUUAUGACUAUUAUGACUUUUUUACUCACCAACUAUCUGUGCAUUACACUGAGCUAUAUAUUGUGUGUUGGAUCAUCGUCGUCAUCUGUCCUCCUUUGAUCAUACUGGCCAUCUACUGUCUGUAUUCUCUGGUACAACACAGUCAUGUUGCUCCAAUCUACGUCAUCAACCUCCUCAUCUCUGACCUUAUUCAGAUCGGUGGCAUGGCCAUGUGGUUGGGAAAACCCAAGGGCGUUCUGGCCAUGAUCACCUACUACACUCAUGUCCAUGGAAUAAUUGCCAGUGUCUGCUUCAUGGUCUGUAUUUCCCUGGAAAGGUAUUUGCUCAUCGCCUGGCCUCUGUGGUACCGCUUCAGAAGAACCGUGAAGGUCUCAGUGGUGGUCUGUGUUGUGGUCUGGGUCUUAACUUUGGUCAUUAUCGGAUGUGCCAUUCUCAUGGAACGCUAUAUGAACAUGUUGUUUGCAGUCAUCUCCUUCAUCCCCUUCCCUGUGCUCAUCUUCUCAGUGGUUGGGACCUUUAAAGGCCUGUCUGCUGCCAUCUCUGUGUCCUCUGAGGAAAAACGUCGAAUUGUUGGAGCUACGAUUCUGGUGUUGCUUAAUUACACUCUGCUGUUCCUGCCUCUCAUAAUGUGGGGCAUAACAAUAGAUUAUACUAUGGCUCACCCUUUAGCAUUCAUCUGCUUCAAUCCUCUUGGAGACUUGGUUCUGUAUGUUUUCAUGAGAAAAGGGGCCAUAGACAAGAUUUUAGCCUCUCUGUGUUGUUGCAGGAUAGAAACACAGCAGCAGCAGAUUAUUGCUGUAAAUGAUAAUAACAUGACGACAUUCAGGUCUGUGUAG